GAAGAGGAAGCAGUCGGCGGAACGCACGGCGGCCUCGGGGCCGGCCGCGAGCGCCCGGCUGCACGAGGCGUGCGCCUUCAUCCUGGGGCGGGGCCUGCGGCCUGGGGACAUCCUGUACGCCUUCCCGCCGUCCAGCGGCGACGCCCAGGUUGCCGAGCUCAGCCUGCCCACCAUCCCUGGGCUCCCCGGCGGGCAGGCGUGGGCCAGCGGGCCCUGCCCCAACAGGCGCGAGGCCAGGCGGCGGGCCGCCGAGGCUGCGCUGCUCCAGCUGACCGCCACCUUCCCCGCGCUGGCCGGCCUGGCCCGGGCGGCGUCCGCGGGCGCGGCCGCCGCCGCCCCCGCUGGCGCUGUCGGCAGCCCCACGCCCCGCCGGUCGGCGCCGCCGGGGCGGGCGCGGGCGCGGACGCGCCGCCGCUGUCGGGGGGCGGCGACCUGGCCCGGGCAGGGCCGGUGGACGACGCGAAGACGCGCGUGGUGGUGUUCUGCCAGUGGAGCUGCGGCAGGCCGAUGCGCCGGGGCGACAUCGCCUACUCGACGGCCCACGCCGGCGGGCAGUACACGUCGGAGGUGGCGCUGAACUGCCUCCGGGGCGAGCGCUUCGCGGGCGGCCCGCGGCCGGACCGGCGAGGGGCGGAGCAGUCGGCGGCCGAGGAGGUGCUGCGCGCCUUUUCCCGCGAGCGGGCGGAGAUGGCGCGCAGGGCGCCGAAGCGCCCGCGGCUCGGGCCCCGGCAGGUCCAGCGCGCGGCUUGCGCCGCGGGCGCCACGGGCGCCGCGGGCGCCACGGGCGCCGCAGACGCCGCGACGGGGCCCGAGCCGGACCACGCCGCCAAGGGCCGCCUGCACGCGGUCUGUGCGGAGUUGCUGGGCCGCGCGCCGCGGGCGGGCGACGUCGUCUACGAGGUGGACCUGGCUUGCGGCGGCCAGGUGGCGACCCUGCGCCUGCCCUUCCUGGCCGAGCUGGGGGCCCACGCCUGGGCCUCCGAGCCCUACGCCAGCCGGCGCGACGCGCGCGCGCGCGCCGCCGAGCUGGCGCUGGAGGCCCUCGGGCGGCCCGGCCGCCCGGGGCCCGCCCUGCGCGACCUGGGGCCGCCCGUCCCCCGGCACUCGGCGCUCUGA